AUGAUGGAAAUAUCGAAUUUAAAGUCGAGGUUAGUUUUUAGAUAUUUUAUUUUUUCUUUCCAUUUUAUGAUUCUCUUGUUGGCGGGUUAUGUGAACUUUCAAAAUUAUUGAAUUGCCCCUAGAAAAGGCAAUAAAAUUUUGUUGAUCGCGUGUAAAUAUGCAAUUAUACUUUUUGGAAAAAUAUCCAAAAAUGAAAAUUUUCCAGGAAUUUUUGGCGCUUUUCCCUUUUAUUUUUUGACUUACUUUUUGUUUUCUUAUUUUUCUAAUUCGACAUUUUUCACUGGAAAGAGUACUAAUAUUCAAAUUUUUCUUCUUUCCAUGUUACAUCAAUGAAUGAUAAUUAACUAAAUUAUCCUAUUCUCGUUCUUUUUGAAUGGCUCCUUCAUCGAAAACAGCCUUUUCUUCUGAAUUUUCCCCUUAAUUUCGCCUUUGAUAAAAAAUGGCUUGUUUUUAAACUCAAUCCGUCAUCCGUUGUGCUUAUAUUUUAUUCAAAGGAGAAUUUUUCUGGAGAAUAUCUUCAUUUCGGUUUUUAAUCUUUCUGUAAUGAAAUCGGCCCAAAUUAGGCUAAUCAGACAGAACUUGGGAGUUCUCACCAAAUUAAGCUUAUAAAAAAGGGUUUUCUCGUUCAAAAACAUUUUGCUAUUAAUAAAUUCUCUUCGUUCUUUUCGCCGAAUCAAGUUUUAAGACUUGACUCUGAGCCUAUAAAUUAUGAACCUUAGAUUUUAAAAAAGUUUAAAAAAAUUAGAAGCCAAACAUUAAUUUCCUCUACAUGAUUCCAAAAAAAUUAGAAAAAUAAACCAUUUUUUUCGGAAUUUUUCUCAAAGUUUUUUUGUGUUGAAUCCUAAUCAUUCUCCUUCUAGCUUCAAUAUUUUGAAUAACGCUUCAUGACCGCAUUUGGAAUGGCUUGAAGUGUAUUUCGCAGCCAAAAUUGCCCUUUUUCUGCCGUCAAACUUUUCUAGCGACUUUUUUUUUCUUUUCUGACUUUGCGCAAGUCGUUUUUCGGUCCGAUGCAAGGGCGUUGAAUUUAAACCAUCCUCAAGGUUGCAACUAUAGUCAGAAAAAUACCGAAUACGUCAAAAUCUGACUCGUCUGCGCUCUCUCCUGUUCAAGUUAUAUUUUAAUUUUUCUACAAUUGCUUGAUUAGUGAAAAGGGAGCGCAGACAAGUCAGAGUCAUGAAAAAGGAAAAGAAAUCAAAAAUUCCAGAAAAUGGACAUUUUUCGAUUGGAUCGCCUUCUACUCCAACUGCACUACGACGAUUGUCGGAAUUUUUCUCAACAUUAUUUUUUUGAUUCUAAUUUUGAGAAAAUCAACCCGACAUUUGAGACCAUACUCGUGAGACUAGGAAAAAUAUUUUCCUGGUUUUCAUUGAUUUUUUUUAAGAACCGUUCUUUUGAACGUUGCCGUGACCGAGUUGAUUUGCUCGGCUUCUUGUGGAUUUGUGAUCCCGAGGUUUUUCGACUGUUUUUUUGAGAAUACAAGAAGAAAUUAUGAAGCGAAAUUGAAAAACCAUUUUUUCAGAAUUCUAACGAUCGGCAACCAUUUGGGAAUCGUUUUUUUCGCGGUUUUUUGUCAAUUUUUUUCGAAGCUGAAGUCUGUUUUUUUAUGGUCAGUUUUUAUCUUAUAAAGUUUCAGAGUUUGUUUUUUUAUCUAUUUAUUAAGAGCUAUCCAGAAAAUAUUCAACUUCUGA